AUGGAUGACUGGCCAUUGCCAUGCUGCCCUUUGUGGGAGCUGGCUGUGCACAAAUCGGCUGCCGAAUUUCCUCCAUCACAACAGUGGCUGCGCUUUGAAAUGUACUCCGUUGGCUCUUUUGGCCCUGACUGUGAGCCAGGGAUUUAUCUUCAAUCUCUGGAGUCUCCAGGGCAAUCGUGGAGAGUUGGCAACUGCAGGCCGCCCUCUAUCCCACAUCGCUCACCCACGGGCUCACCCAAUUGUGAUUGGAAAAGCCUGUUUCUAAAUCAAGAAAAUGAUGGCUUCUCGACGACCAACUGUUACCGAGCAGACACUUUCCAAUGGAGGGGGUGGUGGAAUGUCGGGAGGGGAGAAGUGUUUGUUGCUUUUAGCGCGUUUUCUCUCUCAUGGCAGUGGGAAGAAGCUGUGGCCGUGGACAAACAGUUCAACACGAUGAGGACUUACCGCGUGUGCAAUGUGGAGAACCCCAAUCAGGACAAUUGGCUACGGAGCAGCUACAUCCAGCGGGGGGAGGCCCAGAUGGUUUAUGUGGAACUCAGGUUUACCGUGAGAGACUGCGGCUCCAUCUCCAGUGCUGGUGGGUCCUGCCGGGAGACCUUUGCCCUCUACUACCUCGAGUCGGACUCCGAGGUGGCCCCCUCGGCCAGCACCGCCACCCGCAUGAAGGCCGCGUACGUCAAGGCCCGGGAGGUCACCGCCGAGCACGUCUUCGCCCUCAACGGGAUGGGCAAGGUCAACAGGGUGGCCGUGCCCAUCGGGCCCCUCACCAAGGCGGGUUUCCGCCUGGCCUUCCGCGACCAAGGCGCCUGCGUCAACCUCCUCUCCGUGCUGGCCUCCUUCAAGAAGUGCCCGCCCGCCGUCGCCCGCUUGGCCCGGUUCCCCGAGACCACGGCGGGGCCGGGGCUGGCCUCACUGGCCGUGGCCGUGGGCGCCUGCGUCGCCAACGCCGAGGAGGCCUCCGUCCCGCUGAAGCUGCACUGCACCAGCGAGGGAGACUGGGUGGUGCCCGUCGGUGAAUGCAGGUGCCGGCCUGGCUACCAGAGCAACGGGGGACUCACCGCGUGCGCAGCAGAGAUUGAAGGCCAGGCGGUCCUUUCCGAGGUGGAGUCAGAACGAGGCCCUUCCCAGGAUGCUUUGGGGCCCUCCUGCGACCAAUUGGAAGGCCUGCUGCGAGCCAAUCAGCAACUGCUGGAGAAGCAGGCCAAGGCCUUGGUUCAGCUGACCCAGACCAUGGAGGCCCUCAACGCUUCCCUCCUCGCCAUCUCGCGGAGGCUUCAUCUGCUCCCAGGAGACCUCCCUCACCGGUUGGCUGAAGAUGCGAUUACUCCAGGAGCCAAUGGUGGAGAUUAAAAUUGAGGGUCCCCCUUCCCCCGACCCUGUGGACUGUGGACCUGUAACCGGAUAUUGGCAAGAACGUGGGAAAUGAAACCCUUGUUGUCCAUCUAAAAUCAUGUUCGCCUGAGUUAAAUCGCUCGGAAAACCUCGGCCACAAGAAGACGCAGUUGUCUCUUAAAAUGGUUCCUGGCCUGCUCCCGUCUGUUAUUCCAUCUGGGGUUCUGCUCCAAGCAGAGCAUGCUCGUAACCGUGACAAUGAGGCAGCCGCCAUUUUGAAACGUCAACCACAUUAGCGUGGGGCUGUCGAUAAAUGUCCCUUAUUCCCCGUUUAGGCCACUGGCAAGGUAAGGG